UGACGCUCCCACAGAGGUGACGCGGGACGGUUGCGCGCCCCUUCCGGCGCGAGGAGGGCGCAGAAGAUCCGGGCCGCUCGGCCGCAGGCCGCCUCCAGCGCCGCGGGAUGUAGCGCGGGGUCCGCGGCCGCCAGCAGAGCCCGCCGCCCGCCUGUCUUUCAUCGCAGGGACCUCUCUGCCCCCUGGGGCUGAGAGACCCCACCCUUCCCCCAAGCUGAAGCCGCAGGGCAUUGAGGUACCGGCCAGAUGUCUUCUCACAAAGGACCUGUGGCGGCCCAGGGCAAUGGGGCUCCUGCCGGGAACAGGGAGGCUGACACAGUGGAGCUGGCUGAGCUGGGACCCCUGCUGGAGGAGCAGGGCAAGCGGGGCGUCGCCAACCCAACCAAAGCUGAGGAAGAGCAGGCGUGCCCAGGGCCUCAGGAAGAGGAGGAGGAGGUGCGGGUGCUGACGCUGCCCCUGCAGGCCCACCAUGCCAUGGAGAAGAUGGAGGAGUUUGUGUACAAGGUCUGGGAGGGCCGCUGGAGGGUCAUCCCGUACGACGUGCUCCCGGACUGGCUGAAGGACAACGACUACCUGCUGCACGGCCACAGGCCACCCAUGCCCUCUUUCCGCGCCUGCUUCAAGAGCAUCUUCCGCAUCCACACAGAGACCGGCAACAUCUGGACCCACCUGCUUGGUUUUGUGCUGUUUCUCUUCCUGGGAAUCCUGACCAUGCUCAGACCAAACAUGUACUUCAUGGCCCCCCUUCAGGAGAAGGUGGUGUUCGGGAUGUUCUUCCUGGGUGCGGUGCUCUGCCUCAGCUUCUCCUGGCUCUUUCACACCGUCUAUUGUCACUCAGAGAAGGUCUCUCGGACUUUUUCCAAACUGGAUUAUUCAGGGAUUGCCCUGCUGAUUAUGGGCAGCUUUGUCCCCUGGCUCUAUUACUCCUUCUACUGCUCCCCACAGCCACGGCUCAUCUACCUCUCCAUCGUCUGUGUCCUGGGCAUCUCUGCCAUCAUCGUGGCGCAGUGGGACCGGUUCGCCACCCCUAAGCACCGGCAGACGAGAGCAGGGGUGUUCCUGGGGCUGGGCUUGAGCGGUGUCGUGCCCACCAUGCACUUUACAAUCGCGGAGGGCUUCGUCAAGGCCACCACAGUGGGCCAGAUGGGCUGGUUCUUCCUCAUGGCUGUGAUGUACAUCACCGGAGCCGGCCUCUAUGCCGCACGGAUUCCUGAGCGCUUCUUCCCUGGAAAAUUCGACAUAUGGUUCCAGUCGCAUCAGAUCUUCCACGUCCUGGUGGUGGCAGCCGCCUUCGUCCACUUCUAUGGGGUCUCCAACCUGCAGGAGUUCCGGUACGGCCUGGAAGGGGGCUGUACCGAUGACUCCCUCCUCUGAGCCGCUCCCCCAAGGGCGCAGGAGGAACUUCCCAAGUGCUUUUAAAAUAACUUCUUUGCUGAAGUGAGAAGAAGAGUCUGAGUUGUCUGUUUCUAGAAGAAACCUCUUAGAGAAUUCAGUACCAACCAAGCUUCAGCCCACUUCACACUCACUGGGCAAUAAACUCUCCAUUCCCUGGCUGAGGACAGUGGGGGUGGGCAGAUGUGGCCACCCCGCCCCUCAGCCGCCCCCCCCCCCCCCCACUUCCGUAAGGCAACUACUGUCCCUCUCAGAGACGGGGCUUUGAAGCUCAUGUUGAGAUUUUACUCCUCCUCCAACCAUUCUGGGGGAAAACGAUGGACUGGGACUCUUCAGAAAUUCUGUUUCUGGAAGCAACUGUCCCUCCCUUACCCCCGUCCUGAGUUUGUAACCUGGCUUAUAACAGGCCAUCCGUUUUUGUAGCACACUUUUCAAAAACAAUUAUAACCUGGUCCCAUCUUUCUAGGGCCUGGACCUGCUCACACAGCAGGAAGAACAAGCCACCAACUUUUACACAGCCCGGCUAAUCAUGGAAGUGUGUCCAGGCUUCACAUAACUUGAGUUUUAAUUUUUUUCUUGGCAGAGUAAUGUAAAAUUAAAGUGGGGAAAGAUAUUUAAUAUUUAAUACUAAGCUUUAAAAAGAAACCUGCUAUCAUUGCUAUGUAUCUUGAUGCAAAGACUAUGAUGAGAAUAAAAGAGUACAGAAGACACUUGGCAUUCAAAGAUUUAA